UCUUGUUGGAUCUGUAGUCAUUGAUGCAAUACAACUAUACACAUCGAUCCAUUUGUUUACGGAGGUCGUCUGCUAGCGUUUGAGAAUUAAAUAUUAUGCUCUAAAUCGUGGUUUUAUGUGACUUUAAAAAAGGAGAUUAGAGCCGCAAUGCCGGGGACCGAAGACAGUACGACGGAACUCGGAGAAAUAGAAAAUGUCAGAGUGGUGGUUCGCGUUCGACCUCUAAAUGGGAAGGAGUUGGACGGACACUGUAAAAACAUAAUACGCGUCGACACCAUUAAUAGUGAAAUAACCGUCGAGAAUCCAAAUGCAGCUCAAGGAGAACCACCAAAAGUUUUCUGUUUGGAUGCUGUCUUUGAUACCGAUUCAACGCAAGUUGAUAUUUACAAUGAAACUGCAAGACCUAUCGUGGACAAAGUUCUGCAAGGAUACAAUGGAACUAUAUUUGCAUACGGGCAAACUGGCACUGGCAAGACUUACACUAUGUCGGGUGCUAAAACAUCCCCCCAGCUCAGAGGGAUCAUUCCAAAUACCUUUGCGCAUAUUUUUGGACAUAUAGCUAAAGCUCACGAUAAUCAAAAAUUCCUUGUACGAGCGACGUACUUAGAAAUUUACAAUGAAGAGGUGAGAGAUCUGUUAGGUAAGGAUCAGAAUACCAGGCUGGAAGUAAAAGAGAGACCCGACAUUGGGGUAUUCGUGAAAGAUCUUAGCGGAUAUGUGGUAAACAAUGCCGAUGAUUUAGACAGAAUAAUGUCUCUCGGUAACAAGAACCGCGUCGUUGGAGCUACAGCAAUGAAUGUGUCUAGUUCCAGAUCCCAUGCAAUAUUUACAAUUACAGUUGAAUCUAGUCAACUAGGAGAGGAUGGCGAACAGCAUGUUAAAAUGGGGAAACUGCAUUUAGUUGAUUUAGCUGGUUCGGAAAGACAGAGCAAAACGAAAGCUUCUGGGGUUCGUUUGAGAGAAGCUACAAAGAUUAAUUUAUCACUUUCAACGUUAGGUAAUGUUAUAUCUGCAUUGGUUGACGGUCAGAGUUCACACGUGCCUUACAGAAAUUCCAAACUGACGAGAUUACUUCAAGAUUCCUUGGGUGGUAACUCAAAAACAUUAAUGUGCGCAAACAUAAGUCCAGCUGACAUAAAUUACGACGAAACUAUAAGCACCCUUCGCUAUGCGAACCGUGCUAAGAAUAUAAAGAAUAGAGCGAGGAUUAAUGAAGAUCCAAAGGACGCUUUGCUUCGCCAAUUUCAAGUGGAAAUUGAACAGCUACGCAAGCAGCUAGAGGAGAACGGUGCUGAAGUCACAGAAUCUGAAGAUGAUUCCGAGGACUCUGAAGAGACAGGAGAAAGCAGACACGAGAAGAAAGUGAGACGCAGAAGAAGUCAAAUAUUAACAAUGGAGGAACUCGAAGAUGGAGAUGUGGAUUCUACUGAGAAAGUAGACAAAGCUGAGAGAGAAGAUAAAAGUCCAGACGAUAAAGACGUUAUAGAAUUAAAAAGAACCCAGAGCGAGAAAGAAGCACUGCGAGAAAAGAUGCAGAAUUUACAAAAUAAGAUUCUAGUCGGAGGUGAGAACUUAUUAGAAAAAGCGGAAGCUCAAGAGCAGUUAUUGGCUGCCGCAGCGAUUGAACUGGAACAACGUAAAAGCAGAGAAGAACAACUGAAGAAAGCUAUCGAAGCCAAAGAGGCUGAACGUAUUGACAUAGAAGAGAAAUAUUCCUCUUUGCAAGAGGAAGCAGCAGGAAAGACUAAAAAGUUAGCCAGAGUAUAUACAAUGUUGAUGUCUGUUAAAGCAGAGUUGUCCGAUCUGCAACAAGAACAUCAAAGAGAAAUGGAAGGGCUUUUGGAAGGAGUCAGAGGCAUUGGAAGAGAACUGCAACUGCAGGAACUGAUAGUAAACAGUUAUAUUCCUGUUCAAUAUCAAACAAUGAUUGAGAGAUAUGUUCAUUGGAACGAAGAUAUUGGGGAAUGGCAACUGAAAUGUGUCGCAUAUACUGGUAACAAUAUGCGCAAAGCACAAGUUACGCCACCGGUAGGAAGUAACAAAGAUCAAACCCAACCAGAUAUGUCAAAUAUAUAUCUUUCCUACAAUAAUGGAAUCGACAAUACUUUCGUGCAACCAAAGAAAAUAAGAGGACGAUCUGGAGUUCCAAGACCAACUACAGCACAUAGGCGUACACCACACUAAAAGUAUGUUUAAAAUGAUAGAAAUACCUUUCCUAGCAUUUUUUUUUUUUUCUUACAAGUAUUAUUUUAAUUUAUUUUUAUUUAUAUAAAAAGAUCAGUAUUUUGUGUAACUUUAUUUUAAAUUUAAUUCUAUUAGGUGUACAAAUGAAUUCGGUGCCUUUAGUAUUUUCAAUUUUCCUGCGCUUCUGUAAAUUUGAAAAAGUGACGCUAAAAUAUGAUUACCAUCAAUUUUUCAAAAUAAAUCUUCGAUUAAAGAGCACUGAAUUAUUUUGUACAUCUAAUUAGGCGGAAUUAAAGGAUAUCAUGUAGUAAACUGCACUUAUUGUGCUAUAUAACUAUACAACUAUGAAGAAAAGUAUUUCUAAUCAAUCUUAACUAAUUUUUGCUAAUUUAUAUAGCAAAAUUUUUUUCGAUUCGAGUUAUAUUUAUAAACGUAAUAACUUGAAUAUUAUGUUAUAUGCAUUUAUAUUUCUCUGUGAUGUUUGUGAAAUACGAGACGACAAAAAUCAUGGUAACUACUUACAUUUUCAUAUUUAAUAGCAUGCAAUAUGAAUCACUAUUAAAUAGAAAAUUGGUAUGAAGAAUUCUAGAGAAGGAAAUACAUGCUGUACCUGUGUGACGAGAAAUAAUGUUUUGUUCGGUAUAGAGAUAUUAGAUAAAUGUAUGGGAAUGCAAUCUUUAACAAAAAAAAAAC